CACCUCUCUCAAUUUGCGAUUCGCUGCCUCAUGUCUCCUUUUCAUCACUAUUCCUCUGCUUCAUCUUCUUCGUCUCUACCAAACCCAAACCCUAACCCUAAACCCCUAAAUUUUCCGAUGCCAAUGUAUCAGUCCAUGAAUCUGUCCGUUUCUUCAAAUUUCACCCAGCGAUCCCUCUUCCCUUUAUUCUCCACCGGAGUCCGCAAAUCCGUCCAUCUCAAGCCUUCCCGCGUCUCACCCGGCCCUGAUUCCGGCGAUUCAGGUACACAAACCCUAACCGAGAAGCUUAUCUUGAUCCUCAGAGCCGUCCCGGACUGGGCGGACGGGAUUAAAGAGCGUGGGAUGCAGCAGAAACGCACUCUCUACACUCACGAGAAAUGGGUCGAGCACAGGAGCUCUCUCCGCCAUGUGCGUCACUUGGUCUCGAGCUUUUCGUCUCGCGUUAUACUCUCUCUUAUUCCCCCUGUCUUCUUCUUCACAUCCGUCGCCAUCGUAAUCGCCAGCUACAAUUCCGCCGUGGCUCUGGACUGGCUUCCUGGUAUCUUCCCCAUUCUUCGCUCCUCCUCGCUUCCGUAUCAGCUCACGGCUCCUGCUCUAGCACUUCUUCUGGUGUUUCGCACGGAGGCUUCGUAUUCUAGGUAUGAAGAAGGAAGGAAAGCUUGGGUUGGGAUAAUCGCUGGAACAGAUGAUUUAGCGAGGCAAGUGAUUUGUUCCGUUGAUAGCUCAGGUGAUGAUUUGAUCAUCAAAGAUUUGCUUCUUCGGUACAUCGCUGCUUUCCCUGUGGCUCUUAAGUGUCAUGUGAUUUAUGGUUCAGAUACCGCAAGAGAUCUCCGGAAUUUGAUAGAAGCUGAUGACUUGUCUUUGAUUCUUCAAUCGAAGCAUCGUCCGCGUUGUGUAAUCGAGUUCAUUUCUCAAAGCCUUCAGCUGCUGAAGAUAGACGACACAAAGAGAGAUUUGUUGGAAUCAAAGAUGCUACAUUUACAUCAAGGCAUUGGAGUCUGUGAACAACUAAUGGGCAUUCCGAUUCCACUCUCAUACACGCGCUUAACCUCGAGGUUUUUAGUCUUUUGGCAUCUAACUCUCCCAAUCAUUCUCUGGGAUGAAUGCCAUUGGAUUGUUGUUCCUGCUACUUUCAUUAGUGCUGCAUCCCUCUUCUGCAUAGAAGAAGUGGGUGUUCUUAUAGAAGAGCCAUUUCCUAUGCUGGCCUUAGACGAGCUAUGCGAUCUUGUGCAUAGUAACAUCCAAGAAGCUGUUAAAUCUGAGAAAAUCAUACGUAACCGCAUCAUUGCAAAGAUAAAGCUCCAUGAAUUCAAGCACUCAUCAAAUGGUCGGCAUAGACCUUGAUUUUCCAAUCGUUUGAGAGUGAUGACAACCUGAUGCAUUUUGUCUUCAUUGAGAGGGGUUUGGAAUAUGUGAUGGCUUAGGUUAGCUUUGAUAUGUACGUACUGUAUAGAAACACCUUAUACUAGUUGAUAGGGAAACUUAUACCACAACGUUUGUAUAUCUUCCUCGUGUAUAUGUUUAUGCUGUAUAUAUGCAGAUUCAACCUUUA